GUGUCUAGUUUGGCAACACGGAUACGCAUGGAGCCUCCAUCACCUCCAGUCGCUUUUACGCACCGAGUCCGGUGAUGCGCGCAGGUUACGGGGACUCUCACCGCCACGUUUCCAGCCGCUGCACACCGCUUUUGACUUCCUCUCAUGGACUAAUAUGAAAGGAGUGGAUGUAGAGGUGUGACACAAGCCAAGAAGGAGGCAUUUUUUCUCUCGCGUGUCGUGUGGAUCCCUCUUUUUUUUUUUUCGCGUUUUCUUUGCACCGAGCGUCAGCAUGGAUGUCUUGGCGAACCACAGUAUCUUUCAGGAACUUCAGCUCGUGCACGACACCGGCUACUUCUCCGCCAUGCCUUCGCUGGAGGAAAACUGGCAGCAGGUACGUGUGUGUGUGUGUGUAUGUGUGUGCGUCAACUUCCACGCUGCGAGAUGGGGAUGCAGGCGUCAACUUUUCCCCCCCUUUUACGCGUGGGAUGCGUGUAGUGGAGAGAAGGGGGGGAUAUUAGGAGAUGAAAUGCCUCCCAUCACUCAUAUUUCUGACAAUCUCCUCAUUGAUAGAGAUGGUGGAGAUGUGAGCGCACGCCGGCGCGUAAUAAAGCUGUCAAACGCGAUUUGGAGAGAUGAAGACUCGUAUCCCGUAAUAGGGACGGAAUUGGUCGUGAAUAAUAGAUCCGCAUCUCUCAGAUUAGCGACUUGUGAGCCCCCCCUCCUCCUGCGUGGAAAAGUCCCCUCUCUUAUCCAUAAUGGAUCCACGAACAUGUCUGGCUGUGUCCCAGCUUUAAAUGCUGGAAAAUGUGCAAAAGCCAAAGCGGGAAGUGCCAUCUGCAUAUUCGCUUUAACAUGCUUUCACCCUCCCCACUCCCCUCCCCUCCUCUUCUUUCACACACACUUCCUGCAUCCAAGUUCAGGGGAGGAAUAUGGAGAGAGGAGCACGGGGGUCCACGCGGCCACAUGGUGAUAGAUGCGUGGAGAGGAGGGGGAGACUCACCGGCACUUUACACGACCAUUACUGAUGUUUUAUUCCUCUCAUUGCACUUCUUAGGUUGUGUAUAAUUCUAUAUUUUUGACAUUUUCCAGCUUUAUCGUCAUUUUUUUUCCUCUAAAAACUGAAUUUAAUUGCUCUUUAAACGCUUCCUCUUCCAUAACUCAGCCCAAACUGACAAUUAUUGCUUUCUUUCCUGCAAAAACGCCGCCAUCGUGAGCCUUGUUUUGCACCUGCAUCUCCGCCUCUGUGCAUUGGCAGUCAUAAAGACACUCAUUAUUGCAGAGAGGAUCUUUUUUUUUAUCAUGUCAGGGUCUAAAAUCGACAAUUUUUGAAGAUAUCUGAGUCUUUUUUUUAACAUUUUCUCCCUUGGAAGGGAUUUGAGCACCUUACCUGGAUGUGUGGUGAAGUGAUUUUGCAUUUAAAAUGAGGCUGAGACUUAUACUCUAGUGCAGAUAUCAUGAUUUCUGAGGCUUAUCCACCACUUUUCCCCCCUGAAAAUUGAAUUAAGUGGCUUUUUUGCACAACAUGCAGUCCAACAUCAUUUAUCACCUCAUAUCCUUCUGUAACUCUUUCCUUAUUCCAUAAUUUUACCUUAAAUCACAGUGUUUGUGAGUGUUGUGCUUUAAAUCUACAACUUUUUCAGGAUUUUUUUGCACAUUUUUCCUCCAGGAACCGUUUUCAGUUUCACUUUUGCAGAGAAUUCAACGAUCAAAGCACAAUAUGUUCAGAUUUGCACAUUCUGUAAGGUAAUCUUGCAAUGCUUCCUCCACUUACUCGAUUUCGCUGCACUUUUUUCUGCACUGUAUCACCCAGCAGGCUUUUAUAGCCCUACAGCACUGAGCCCACCUGCACUGCUGCUCUGCUUUCCAUGCUGCACUUGACCGAACGGGGCCAGAGAGAGAGAGAGAGAGAGAGAGAUACGAAAAACAAAAAAAAAACAUUGCAUGGAAAUAUGACGCCGGUAUUGUUCUUGCAAUAGGAGCUCCAGUUUUUUGCCCACUUCUCUGCUCCAUGCGUAAAAGAGAGAGGAAGGAGGGGUUAGUGACACCGGGGAGAGGAGGGGGAGAAAAAGAGAGAGAAACCGGUGCGUGACCGCGGAUCCAUUCGUCGUGGCCCAAGCAGCCUAAUUGGCAUCCUACUGUUCGCCACCGACGCAUCUUUUCAUAACAAGUCUCCCAACUCCCUCCCUGCCUUUCACUGUCAGUGGAUCUUUUAAAUUGACCAGGCCUACAUGAAACAUAUGCAGCGCUUGUCUCUCCCUGUUUCUCACCCACAGCCUGCAUAUCAAGAAUCAAUACCUAAUGCAAAUGGAAGAGAGAGAGAGAGAGAGGGGAGCAGCGUGUGCAGAGAGAAAGCUGGGAAAGCUCUUAUCUGUGUGUGUGUGUGUGUGUGUGUGUGUGUGUGUGGAGGCUGGAAAUGUCAGUUCUUCUUUGACGGUCUGUCUGCGGCUCAUCCUGCCAAAGACAACGUCCAUUUUGGGAUAACAGAAAUGAUCACGAUGUUUAGUUUCUCUUCUUUCUUCUCUGCUUUUAUUUUGUAGGAAAAUCUGCAAGUUUGAUGUGAUUUUAUGGAUGAAAACUUCAAUCUGAUUCAGCUUCUCUCAGUGCGUUUACUUGCACAGCUUAAUUAGACUAAGAUCAUCAUUCGUUUUUUUCGCCCAAUUGGACUGGGUUUACAAGCAGCUGAGAAAAUUGACCUGAACGUGUCCUCCUCCCCAAAACUAGGGGGCGAUACGGGUCUUAUUAACGGCACUGUUUCCAGACCUUUUUAAAAGGUGUCUCUGUUCUUAAUUUUCGACCGUCAAUGUACUUUAAAUUGUCAAUUUCUGUCAGGACGGAGAGUGGUGGACGUUCUUUCGUGCUUCAGCCGUGUUGCAGUUGCUUCUGAGUCGAAAGUUCUUUAAAUGAUAGCGUCACUUCUUCUCUGGUGUUUUUGUUCCGGGGUUACGGAGGCGUGGCGUAAGCGCACAUGCACUGUCCGAUCAUACUCCGACUACGCUGGUUACAUGGUAGAGAAAUUCAAAUUCCAAUCAUAUUAUCUUAUCAGAUUUUUAUUAUCAAUCCAACACUGUAGAGAUUUGCAAGUUGGGGUUAAUUUGACGUCACUCUCUGGUGAAAACAGACAAGUAGCGCACAUAAAAAUGCCUCAAAGUGAGCUAUGACGAAUGUUUAAAUCAGCAAGAGAAACUGGUAAGAAGUCUGAGCUCCCUGCUCUUCUACCUCCAUGUGUGAAAAGCUAAAGCCUGAGGCAGGCAGAGCACACUUCCAAAAAGGCGAGGCGGGGAGAGGAUCAGUGAAUACUACAAGGACCUGGGUUUGAGGCAGGCUGGAAAGUGGAUUUCAGGGGAAGCAGGAAGAGUCGGCGGGCUAUAGCUGUUUAAUGAUCUGGCCUGGGGUUAAAUUUGACGGAGCAUGAGUUUAUAACCUGCCUGAACUAGCACCACACGCAAUAAAUACCAUGUCGAGCUGGGAAUUAUGUCACAUCCGAGUUACCGGUGUAAGUAGGAAAAAAGCAAAUCGGAGGCCAAAACAAGAUGGCCACAUCUACAAAAGUUAUUUUAAUGCUUGCCUUGUCCGAAUAUUAGCAAGCACUCAAAUAAAUUUCCUAGAUGUAGCCAUCUUGUUUCCGCCUCUGAUUUUGCUUUUUUCUGUGACUUGGUCACUGAAACGCUGGUAACUCUUGUGUGACGUUCCCAGCUCAGACAUCUGACUCCCGAGGUAAAUCUAACGCACCAUAAGUUUCCUCUCUUCAUAGCGUCUUCUGCGGAGCCUUCAAGUUCAAUUUCCCUCACAAAUUCAGGUCAAAAUCUGACUUUAGAAAGAGAAACAACCAAAAGAGAAUGUCUUGGACCUGUCCUCUGCAGACUGUGUCUCUGGAAUAACCCGUAUUAGGAAUAAGAUUAUGUUGUGUCCGUGUAAACACCGGGAUUAUAACUUGCCCCCCGCCACUCUUCCCCAAACGUUGCCCAGCAGAGUCGUUCUCGGCAAAGCGAUCCUCGUGUUCAGUGUAGCGACAUGAAGAUGCCACUGAACCCCCCUGAAUACAUGAAUUAUGAGUUGUGGCUCUCCUUAAAAGCUCUGCCUCUGGCCCCCGAGAGCUGCUAUCCACCCCCUCCCUUCCCCAUCCCCUCUCUCUGUAUUCCGGGCACAAUUUAGAAUCUGAUGCUUUUAUGGUGGUCUGAUGGCGAGAUAGGAGGCCGUUGUAGUCGGCCCCUAAAUGGCUCCCUGAGAUGCGAUGGCAAGAAUGAUGACUGUGUCCCCUGUUGGUGUCUGUGAGGCAUGAUUCAGACGCUUAUAGGGGAAUGGGGAGCAGAAAAAAGAGGGGGAAAGUGUCGACAUUUGUGGCUCCUGUUUGCUCCAUUAUGAAGCGGGAUAGUGCCAAACUGAACGGCGCUGUCUCGAGUCCAAAUCCCUGUACAGUUGGUUGUUCAGAGUUGGAAUAAACAGCAGGGCUGAGCUGGAUUUGGAACAAGCGAGGCUGGUCAUAACUUACUCAUUAUACGUGAAAGCCAUUUCCUUUCAAAGCGUGGCGAGCACUUGUUAUUUUGCAUCUUAAUACCAACGGAGAUUGUCUGUUUUCUUGGCUGCCUCUCGGGCUCUUUUGUAAACUGGCGUCGUCUGCUGUAAACCUCAUUUGGCUUCGUUGCCAAACAUUUAUCAGUGAAUUCAAAAGACAAAACAUCUGCAUCGGGUUCCAGCUUCAUACGGGAGGGUUUUCAGGCUGCGCAGGCGACAUCCUCACACCCAGAGCACUUGACCCUGAUGGGUAAGCGGACACCAAGAAUAGCUGUCUGUCUUUGACCCCGAGACACACGCCAUACCCUCCUGCACGUAUAUAAUCCCUCAGGGGUUCAACCCACACACAUGUGCACACAUGUAGACCGAGUGCCUGGUGCCUAUCCAAGCAGAAUGUCUGAGCGUUGCUGCAAGGUGCAUUAGAGGCUUCUAUACGUGUACGCGGAGGGGUCGCACAUGGCGCGCAGUGUUUCUAAAAGUAGAAGGAGCAGCAGGGCGCUCCAGCCGCGACCUCCAUAUGCGAGCUGGUGUGCUCAGAUGCUUCCACUUACAUCCACUUCUUGCUCGCCGCUCAAUAACACGCACAUUUCCCGGGUAGCAGAAGCAGAAGCAGAAGCAGCGGCUCCGUCUGAGGGACAGGGGGGUUGGUGGGGCGGCUGACGAGCGUAGAGGUAGAGGUGGAAGGAAGUUGCAGAGCACGCACAUUCUCCCCGCUGCAGGGUUUCGCAUUUCACAGUCCGGUGGGCUUGAACCCCCCGAGGAGCGACGUCCACACGCAGAUAGACAGUCGGGGGAAGAAGAGGGCGUGAUGUCCUGACUUAGAGAUUGAAGAAGUAGGGUAGAUUUUAUCCUUUUUUUGGAGAAGUUGCACCUGCGAGACUCCAAUUAGGCGCAACGGCAAUGCGACCUUUUUCUGAGGAGGGUGUAAGAAAAGAACCUACUGGAAAUCUUGUGCUUAUGCAUCUGUAUGUCUGCAUACGUGCACGCCGGUGCAGCGCGUCUCUGUUUGUUAUGUAAUCCUCAGUAGGCCACAGCUGCUUUCUCACACACAGUAAGCAAUCUGGGGAUCGCAGCCAACCAUGGCCCCCUCCUUCCCGUCUCCGUCUUCCUUCAUCCCUUGUUCCUCCACUCUUUCUCUCCCCUCUUUUUUUCCCCCCUCUUAUAGAAUUAGCACAGUAUAGAUUUUUGAUCUCUGCAGGGCUGUUGUGUAAGCUCUGGACUUGUACGUUCUCAGCUCUGUCGCGGCUGCUUUCCCUGAGUCACUUUGCACCAGAAUGCGUGACUUUACAUGCAUCCUCCGAAAUAGAAAAAAAAAAGAAAAACUCUCGCUCUCCGUGACCUUUUACUCGCUGUGAUUUGAUGUAAUUUUAUGCAAAUUAAAAUUAAAUCAAUCCUGUAACGGGCGCAGUUCAGUAUUCUGCGAGCGGGAGGAGGAAGGACAAACUGGGAGUUAAUCUUGUUUGUCUCCAAAGAGCUCCUGGUGGCGUCUUCGUUCCACGCCUGCGCCUUUAUUAAAAUGUCACAUCAACUGCAAGUGCGAGACGUGGAAUUCAGGGAAAUCAAGUUUGGACGCUCUCCAAAGAUAAAUUCGGUUAAUUCCCUUUUACUUUUACUGACGUGCGCCAGUUUGCACAAGGCCUCUCCGAAUAUGAUGGACGGUUGUAAAAAGUAGCGCCGCAAUAUCACCCCAGACGACACAGCGGAGUCUUCUCCUAAUAGUUUGUUUUAUUCAUACAAUAAACCAGCAGUGUUUUAUGGCUGCAGUUAAUUCCCAGACAUCCUUUAGAGCGCUCCGACAGGGCCCGCGCUACCUCAUGACGCUCAGAUGUCGAAUAUGAAAUUGAUUUCUCGCGGCGUUGUUUUGCUCGCCUCUAACCCCCGAUUGCAGUCAGAAGAUCUUAAAGAUGGAUGCCAAGCGGAAUCUAUUUGACACGGCCUGGCCCGUGGCGCAGCGAGGCAUGAAAGGAAGGCUUUGUGCGCCGGUGCACAAUGCUGCAUCUCUGGUGGACGCCUUUUAAGUGUUUUCAGGCACAGGGUUGUUAUUUGGGGGAGAUGCACGCCUUUUUACCGCAGAGAUACAGGUGUGUUUUUUUGUCGCUGCGCCGUGCUUUCUCCUCGGAUCAGCCCGGUUUAUGCGGACACGUCUUCCAUGCAGGUGCUCAGGUUUGUGUACCUUGUGUAAUGACAUGUGCGGGCGACCCCCUGACCCAGUAACAUCCAUUCCGCCAUAAGAGCGCUUCGUGAACUCCGCCACCUCUGUCUCAUCACUCAGACAGCUGAGAGGCGAUUGCCAGUGAUAGGUGCCUGCGAGCGCUUUAUGGGCGUUGAUGAAAAGGUUGGAAGCGCUGAUGAAAGAGAGGACGCGGAGGAAGCAUUCAUUUGUCUGACGCUCCGGUGACUGGCCCGUCAGAGAUAGAGGGAGAGAGAGGCGAGAGGAGGUGGUAUAAGAGAAAAAAGGCGAGAAAGGGGGGAGGCAGAGGGAGCGGGGAUGGGGGGAGGGAGCGUGGUGAACAAGCACAUCUUUAUGUAUGGCUUCCGUCUGCAAAACGCUCUGCCACCCCAGGUUUGAUUAACAGCAAGAAGAGGAGCCAGUCAUUUUUUUCGCCUCACACCAGCACACAUGGCUUGGCAAUGACUUUCACAUCAUUUGAGGCGAAAUCGGGAAGCCGUUACAGCACCUUACAGUGAUCCGACAUGCUUCGCUGCCGCCAUCCGGCUUGGCAAACCGCAGGGAGAAAAGAGAAAGGAAGAGAAGUCUCAGGCACUCAUUUUAUGCUUAGGAAUCACCACCAACUCUCUCUCUCUCUCUCUUUCUCUCUUUCUGCCUUUUUAAUCUCAUGACUCUCUGGCUCUGUUUCUCUUUCUCGAAUUCUGAGAAGAAGUCACAGCUGCCUUGUUUGAUUUGCCCUGCUCUCACCCCUUUUUUUAAAGUCAUUUUCUCUGCAAAAAAAAAAACUUGAACUCAGGAGAGUUAUGCAAUCAAACUGUGGCACAACGCUGAAUAAAAAGCUCUUUCAAACGGAGCGGGUCGCGAAUAAACGGCACGAAAACCACCGGUGAAAUAUUCACAUCCAUCAGAACAAAAACUUUAAGACACAGUUUGUUGGGUAAAACUUCUUAGAUCAAGAGUAGACCUCAACCAAAGCCAGUUAGCAGUUUUGGGACUUCUUCUUAGCUGGAGGUGUUGAUUUAUGAUACUGAUACUCCAAAUUUAAGAGUAUCCAACGAUCUUUUUUUAGAUUUAUCGAAGCAGAAAGACUCAAAGUUGUCGUUCCAGCUAAAUCCCCCACUGUCUUUCAGGGCUACAUAUUUUCAAAUGACAUGUAAAAUGAACCACUCUAUGCAAAAGUAUGUAAAAGCAUCCUGUGCCCAUCCGUUGCCGUGGUUACUUCCCCCCUGCUUGGACCGCGCUGUGUUUAAUCAUCCAGCCUGCUCACAUAUUUGUACAUCCGCUCUCCAGCAAUAGUCACACAUUCAAACCCGGUCCAGGCGUUUUAUAGCCAUCAUUGGCUUUGACAUACCAAGCGUUGCAUCCCAUCUUCCUGCCUACCUGUUGCUAGGCAGCCUUGGCAAGCAGGAAGACCAGUCUUGGCCUAGUUGUUUGUUUAGCUGUCAGUCUGGGAAGCUAAUCCCACCCCGAGGGACUCAUAGCCAUCCAGAAACCAGAGAUCCGGCCAUGUGGACCAUCUCCCUCCAAAGACUGAGGGGGGGGAGAAAGAGAUGGAAGGUGGGAGAGAGAGACAAGGGCAAUUUGCCCUGAGUAAACACCGGUGCUUGUUGUUGUCAUCCGAAGCCAGUCAUCAAUCACAGCCCUAAGCUCUUGGUGGUGACAGCCGCAAGGACGCGCUGUGCUCUGUAACUGGUUGGAUGAAGCGAGACAGUCGCUGGUGGAGAGCAGAGCUGAGUCGCCAUCGUGGACCUUAUUGACUUUAUAAGAGUGUGUGUUUUUUGUUCAAGUCUUGUAAAAGGAUGUUAUCUCGUUUUUUUUUUGGUUCCUAUUCAGCGUGUCACAGAGUUCAGCAGAGCUGUAACAAUGCCAGCUCGGAGAAGGUUAUCAUGCUUGACGUUUGGCUGAAUUAUGUAAGCGCCGGUGUGUCUUUGCAAGACUCUGUGCAAUCACGUGGGCGUGCGCUUUGCAUGCCAGCCUCGACACUCAGCUGCGGUUGUCCAGCAUGCAAAGCUGGUGGUGUUUUUCCACCUGCUAUGUCUGGCUGCUCCAGAGCUGUCCGCCUGAUUGGCUCGUGUCAGGACCUCUUAACCCUCUCGGUAACCUCCUCCCUGCUUCCAUCAAACAAGAUAUCUUCCUCCAUCACUUCCUUACCUUGCCUUUCUUUUUCUAUCUCUGUUUUCAACCUUCACCCCUGUAUCUCUGCAUCAUCAGCAUUUCUUUUGGAUAAUUUAAAUGCUAAUUAGUGUCGCACCUAGGGUUGCGCAGUAUGAACACAAUCUAAUAUCACGGUAUGAGUCAUUUCAUAUCAUCGUAACAGAAUAUAUCACGGUAUGUUUUUACCCCCCUGUAAAUUCAAUUAAUGGCUUAAAAAUAACCAUACUGUCGCAUUUUAGGUGAAAAAUCUUUAGGUGGUGGAAGAGGUUGCAGGUGUUUCAACCUCCGGCAACGACAGCCACACGACACUCUUUGCGUACUAUUGUUUUUUGAUCGUUGUCGGGUUUUCUAAAUCCAAAGAAUCUCCAGACAACCUUUUUCGGAAUGACUUUGGGUGGGUCGGGCUUCCUCCGUUUGCUCUGUACUGCCACUAAUCUCCGUGUCCGCCAUGACCACCGCUAGUGAAGCGGUUUCUUCUUCGUCAAAACUAUGCCAAGCAGUCUGCUGGACACGCUGGUGAUUAUAGGGAGCGCACCCAAAACUUACCAAUCAGACGGAGCGAACAAACUCCUCACGACCACCAACCGAAUAUUUUGUCUUUUCCCUCUUUCUCCAUCACUUACCGUAAAUCUGAAAUGCAUCGUACCUGCUUUGACGGCCCGAAACCGAAAAUGACGGCUCACACGGGUGGUCCAAAAGAGAUAAAAAGAUGUUCCCCAUUGUAGAAAGCUGAUCCCACAUUCACUGGAAGAUUAAACUGGGUCCCAAAUUCCCCUAAAGACACCGGCUUCUCCAGCCAGCUGGGUAUGUCAUGUCCUCUCAGUCAUUCCAACCCCCCGCAGGGCUCAGUUGUCUGAAUAAGAUACGACUUGUGUCCUCAGGACCAGGCAGAUUCAGCUUGAAUUUGGAUAAGCCUAUAUGUCAGGGGAAAAAAUAUUAUUUUGACACCCAGCUUUGAAAAAAGUGGCGGUAUAAGUGUCAAAGUCGACAGGCUAGAGAGGUGGGAAGAUUUUUUUCACCCUGCUUAACUUCUCAAACGGCCUGGGAAGUGCCCUCCUGUGAUUUAAUGAGACCUGUGGGAAGAGCCAUUCAUCAGCAUGACAGCGUACCUCUGUUUCCCAUUGUUCUGCUCUGGUAUGUGAGGGGAGCAGUGUGUGUUUUAGCCUUAAUGAUGGGGCUGGCAACCCUUUGAUUAGAUGAAUCUCCUGGUGCUAAUUAAGAUUUGGGCUGCCAAAAGACAUCUGUGUUUAUGCCUUCACCCGCGCUCUCUUCCCCUGUAUGGACUUUACUUUGCAUUCAAAUGUGAAUUUCAGCAUUUCACGAGUGUUUCAGUCCAAACAGGGGGGUUUUUGGUGGUGUCAUGUGGGCUGACAUUUGCCCGGGGCUUCAGGCGAAGUUCUCGUGCAAGUUUUUAAAAUACCCUGAAUGCAAAAAGUUGUUUGUUUCUGUUCUUGGAAAGAGUUUUAUUUUUGGUGGGAAAGAUGUCGACCAGUGCUUGAAAAACAGCCGUUACUUGUUAUGGUCUUGAAAUAGAAAAUGUGGGAUGUUUUGCAAAAGUUAAAUCUAGAAUGUAAACAAAGGAAACAUCGAUUCGAAUCAGGAAUUUUUGCUUUUGGGAGAUAAUUGCUCAGAAAAUUGAGGCAAUUUUUAAAAUUUUGCGAAACAAAAAGUGCACUAAAAAAUGUGGAUUUGACAAGUUGGAACCUUUUGAUGCGUUUCUCAAGAAUUCACCAACACAACAAAAUAUGAAACAACUUUUAAAACUAGAACCUGUUCAACAAAUUUGAGUCUUCUUGCAGAAUUAGUUUAUUUGCACCGGUGUGAAAGCUGCCAAAUGUAUAAUAAUCGCACUGAGACCACUUGAGAGGUGGGUCUCGGUCCGCUUAUUUUUGGACUUGGGUGCGGAUCAAUAGUACAUUGCAAUUUUUUGGAUUAAGCUAGCUACUGCAUCCAGUCGCAUAGUAAAGUUUGAGUUAAAAUUGUUCACGUCUAGCCUUUCAUAACAGUGACAGAGUGGAGACCGUGGACAAAUGUUAUGCUAGAAGGAGGUGCAGGUGAAAAUGGAGAUCUGGUUGGAUGUCAAUAUUGGUCCAACACAAAAGAUCGCAGGAAUCUACUUGGUCUCUUGUAAACGGUUAAUGGAAAAUGACUUUAUGAGGUCUUUGGAGAUUCCAGUACAUCGAGAUGACAUAGCUGCACCUCAUCUUCAUGUGAUAAGUGUCUCUCAAGUACCAGUCAUUGGGUAGGAGUCACCAGUCUUCAUUUACCUCCAGGAUUUGGUUGAUUAAAGGGCACUUUUCACUCGCAUCACACAUUUGUGUAAACGCAGACCAAACUUGAGAAACUGAAGCAACAAUCUAACGAAUUGGUCCUUAAUUCGGACUACAGGUGUGAACAGUCCCUAAUAUUUAAGCAAAUGCAGAAGCAAAAUCUCUGGAUUUUGUGAACUAUAUUCUCCUUCUCAACAUCUCUCUAACGUAAGUUUGUGUAUUUGGUGCUAAAAUGAUUAAAACAACCUUUUCAGUUGAAGUGGAGUUCUUAAAUUAAACAUAUGCACCAUACUGAGAGACGUCCCCCCUCCUCUAAACUCAGCCGAUCUUGUCAUAUUAAUCUUUCACUCCCCAAUUCCCCUUUGUGUAUUUUCCGGGAAGAGCAUUUGAUAACUUAUGUUAACAAGAACGAAGACAUCCUCCCCCUUACUCCCCCCUCCCUCUAAAAAACCGCCUUUCCUGGAAUCACGAGCGUUCGUGUGACUCGACAGCACAUCGCGGCGCUUUAGUUUAGUUUACAGCUAUGUGUUAUUCCCUCUAUUUGCCCCAGAUAUUAUUUCAUUGUAAAGUGAUGCCAAUUAGUAAAGCCAGUCGCCGGUGGCUGUGGUCUGGCUCCUCCGUUGUUCCAGCGGGGAAAGUUAUUUGGGUCGGCAGCUAUUUUCAGCCUGUGAUGUUGCCAGGAAUACUUCAGGGAGCAGCCACUGUUUUAUAAGAGAGCACAUCAAUAAUUUUCAUUGGUGUGUGUGUGUGUGUGUGAGGAAGAAAGAGAGCUUCACAGACAGAGUUUAUUGGGUUUAUGUGUGUGUGUUUGUACCUGAGAAGAAAAGCGCCUGUUUUCUCCGGAAUAUUCAGCGCAGCAGCUGGUGCGAGAACUCAAAACAAGCCGCUUGCCUUUCUGUUGUAACUGUCGCGAACUCCCGAUUCAUUUAAAGCACAUUAAUUCGCCGGUUUUUAAACUUUAACCUCCAGCUUUUAUCCGAGGUUUCACCCUUUCGCUCCGGCAGCUGAAGCGUGCGCGCAUACACGAACUGGCGCCGCACGCUCAGAGUGAAAAGUCAAUGAGUUCAUAACACCGUCUUUGGUGCAUCUCCGCGCCGAGCAGACGAGCAGCGGCACAAUGUCGGUAUGAAAUUGGGGUGAAAAGUCCUUGCACUCGUAUGCUUCCCCUGCAGCUCUGCAAAGAAGGGUGAGCGGGUUCAACCUGCCGUGCCGUCGCCACCUCUGCCUCCUCCUCCUCCUUCGCCAGUCCUCCAUCGACCCAAACUCACACACACACACACACACACACUCUUUCCCCAUCUCUUUCUUCUUCUCUACUCUAUCUCGUGGAGGAGAGACCGUAACUGCAGCGUUGGCGCGAGGAGACGUCUUUCAAUAUUUUAAGCGGCUUGGGCUAAUCUUUGUCGCUCAGGUUUGUUCUGAAAGCGUCGCCAUGGGAAUAAAGACGGAACGGCAGCAUCCCACCUCCUGUUUGCACGCUCUCGGAUGCACGUAAAAGUCGCAGAACAUACACAAUCUUGCGUAAUUCAACCCCCGCGACCCCUGAGCUAAUCCAGCCUCGGCCUUGCGAGACUGUGCCACUGACCUGCUUGUGCUUGUUUUCUCGCCCCCUCUCGGCCCCCUUGUUUGCUCCGUUGCUCGAACUCUGAGGUUUGGUGUUGCGUUGAGUGACAAAGCCUGAGAGUGCGGCCUUGGCAGACACACCGAGGGUUACACAACACCUGCGCGGCACAAGACGCGUAAACCCAGAGGCCAAAACAUGAAGCAUGUAAGAACGAACAUUUUGGCUCUUAUCAGCACAAGCAGGGCACCACGCUCGCACUUCACGCUUUCGUGGACGUGAUUGGGGUACCGACUACACUUUCUGACUGGCACUGUAUGAGGAGGAAGCAGAGUUUUUCCGCUCCACUGUUCCCUUUAUCUCUCCCCCCUCUGUUAUUUUCAGCCCUCCUCCUCCUCCUCCUCUCUCUCUCUGUCUCUUUCUCUUUCGCUGCUCGCCGCUCUUUUGUUUUCAACGUGCCUUUUUCCAGCCAAGGCCCCAUUCUCUUGCCCCGUCAUUGUGUGCGGUAAUGAAGAUUAGCCAGCCUGCCGCACACAAUGGGGUCCCCACAUCCGGAGUGCAGACUCCCCAAAUCCUGCCGCAAGCUGCUAACCCCGCUGUAAAACCACUGUUGUCGCCGACCCCCUCUAUCCACGGCACCCACACGCAUAACCUCCUGCAAACGCACACACACGGGCACACAAAUGCGUCCGACAUGCACUCUGCACUCCGCCGUGUUGAAAGCAAAUGGCUGAAAUGUCUCCUGAUUAGAUUAGGAUGCUUUUGACAGCUGAGAGGGAGCGCUUGGCGACUCAUACGCCGAUAAACAGCAGCUCACCCAAAUCCAGUUAAAGAGAGACAGAGUUCCCCUCCCCGGCGAGUGCAACACGGCUCCACUCGCCGGGAUUAUACCCCCUCCCAUCCUCCACGCUCCUUCUAUUCUCCUCUUCUCCCCGAUUUCAUCCUCCUCUCCAUCAUUCAUUUCCUCCAGUCUCGAGAUGCUGCUCCUCUACUCCUCUAUCCCAUUUCACCCUCACCUCUCCUACCCGCGACUUAACGCCAGAACAAAGACGUUUUCCACACUUUGUCACAAGCUAUUUAGAUUGAGCCGUAGAGGUCUUUAUACGCCGUGCACUUGUUGUAUCCUGAGCCUCUUAAUAGCGGCUGUAUCGCUCUCAAGGUCGGCAGAUCCUCGCGAGUUCAAUCUGUUUACUCGUAGAGACACUUGAGCGUUUAGCGGCUACAUGUGUAGCUUUUGUCCGUGUGGAAACGUGGAUUAUUCAAAUGUGACAGCAGUUUGGGAACAUAAAUUGCCGUAUGUCAACUUGAACUUGCUGUAUCCAUCUCAGAAGGGUUCCCAAAAUAACCUUUUACACAUGCAGGCGCUAAUUUUGACAGGGAACGUUUGAUUUGUAGGAGAAACGGAGGGAAACAGCUAGCUUUGCUAUGUCAGGGAAGUGCUAGCAACACUUCUUAUCAUUAGCAAACACAUAUGUAGCGCUCAUAUGAAAAUGGCUAGCUUCCUCUCUAUUAGCAUCUUAUGGGAUAAUUUAACUCUAAGCCCAUGGGCGAAAGUGUUAGUUUGCCUUUUUCCCAGGAGUGAUGGGCCAGGCUAUUUCCUGGCUGGGACUGGUAACCUGCUGGAGUUGCAGUCUUAGGCUAAUCAUCUGGCAGACUCGGAAAAGUGAAAAUAACAUAAUCAGGAGAAUGUACACGGUCAUCGUCCUCUUGUUUUAUUCCCCGUGAUUGAUUAGGUGACUGGUGAUCCGUAUUGUCUUCAUCUACCUUAAAAAGAAAGGGAAACAACUCCUCCUCCUCUUCCUCCUCUUUUCCAUCUCUGCAGGCAGCAGAGUCUCACUUACCUUCAGAUAACACACCACGGAAACAGCUUAAUUACACACACGGCCUUAUCAGACAACAUUAGCCUCGCGGUAAUAAUCAGGGCCGCCGUCAGCUGCUCUGUCAAAGCUUGGCGACGCAGCACCUUGAGGCGCUUUUACACAGUGCGGGCUUCAAGCUGAUAACAGACACUGCCAGUUGUUAAAUCACAAAUUGCUGACGGAGUUUCGUGGAAUAAUGCGCAUUUGGUUGUAAACCUGACAUUUUCUUUACACAUAGUCAAUUUCGGUUUGGAUGGGUGCGCUAAUGACACUUGAAAUCGCAUUCAGGCGGUAAAAUUAAGCUUGUUUGUUUGGCUGAUUGCUUGGAUUUGCAUUUCAGGCACUUGAGCUGCCAUUUUAAUUUGAUAUGCAUUGCAAAUGGACAUGAGCGCCAAACUCUGAUUCAGUUUUUACUCAUUUUCAGCAAAGGUAUCUUCCUAGGUAGCCCUGAGUUUCUCGAGGUUUUACUCCAUGUGUAUUUACGGGCGAUGGGGGGAUCUUCAAAGCACCUUUCAUCUCGCAGGAAAGCAACAAUGAUGGAGCACUCAGAGCGCAAAAAACCUAGUGACCUCUGCCUAAUGGAGCAGAAAGACAUUUCCCAUCACUUUCCCCGAGUAGACACAACAAGAAAAGCACACAUCCACAUCCUUCACGACACCGGGCGGCUCUCCUCUGUCUUCCCAGUGCGCACCAUCAAUUCCCCCCAAAGGCCUUUGCAAAAUAAGGUUUUUAAAGAAACGUUGAAGGUCAGGUGUUUGAAUAUGUUGUUUUAAAACUGAAACCGGUCGGAAGUGAGUCUUAUACUUGUCUCUGAACCCUUCAUUCCCUGUCUGCUAUACGUCGCAUCAACAGAUUCCCAUUUCUUCAUCUUUCACCUGCCUGUCUCUCCUAUCUCCUCCCCGGGAGAGCAGAUAAAUUAGCCUCCUCUUUGCCCUCUAGCACUGUCUCUUUGUGUCUCCGAUCCCUCUGUCUCCCCUUUGCUUGGUUGCUCUGGAGUCCCGUUGGGGCAUCUGGAGCGCCAACAUCCCUCCUGGCCAAACACCGCACCCCCUGCCGCUUUCUCCGCCGAGAAUAACAGGGUGAUACAAGCGUUGUCUUAUUCCGAUCCAGGAAAAUGAAGCGCUCCCCUCCCCUCUGACACCCUUCUUCUUGGCCCUCUAGGCAGGUUCCCCCUCCGCUCGACUGGGAUCCACCGGUGACGCCAUGCUGCUCUCUAAGGAGUCUGGAGGCCGGGGCUCUUCGUAGGAGCAGGGGAAGGAGUUAAAACCCUGAAGGGGAGCUUAGAGGGGAGGGGGAGUGCUUUUUGGAGCUUCAUUCUGUGUGUGUGUUGUGUAAGUAUUGCUCAGUGAAGCUAUAGAUUACCGUCUCUGUCAGCUGCGACGGCCACCGCUGAUGAGCUCCAGCGCGGUAUCAUUUCGUAUCGAUUAGGCACUGCGACGCAAACACACAAAGGCUGUUGGCGAGAUGGCUGGUGCCUUGGGCUACUGGUCAUUUAGCUGUCACCUCAAAGUGAUGGCUUGGCCCAGGCGCACCAGAUCAAUGGGAGACAUAGGCCCCUAUAACACACUGUGGAGGGGGAUAGGAAACCUGCAUAGACACAGCCGGAGAAGCACUUACACACCUGAAAAAGAUGGCUCAGUGAGUUAAGUACCAACCUGAACUUUACCUUCGAUAAAAGUGCCAAGUGGAAAUAACAAAGAUGGCCUCAAACAAAGUUGGUAAAGUGAAGCGAUAAAUAGUAAAUAUGGGAUCAAAUGGGUGAGAGACUCUGGUACCUACCUCAGACCCCCAGAAAGGUUUUAGCCAGAGUCGGUUCCCCCUUUUGGAGUAGUUUCCACAUCAGUGCAAAAAAAACCUCAACACGCAUCAAGACAAGAGACACGGAGCUGAUGCUAAAUUAUCCGUAACAUGAACGUAACUCACUUUUAAGUAAUCAAACGAGACACAAAGACGUAGCCGCAGUGACAAUCAAGAAACUAAGAAAGAUCCCAGUUCCACGCGGUAUAUUAUAUCUUUAUAAUCCUGACUGAUGGGACGCUGAAAGGAAGGUGCUGCAGGGAAUAAUGGGUCAUCUCUGAAAAGAUGUGACAGCAUCCCCUUCCCGACUUAACAAUAGUGCCGCGUCGCCCCCCUCCAGCUCAGGGACCCCUUAUAGUGCUGCCCUUUUCAACCCUGCUAGCUUUAGCGCUGAAUAUUAUUCAUAGCACCUUGUCUCUAUCACGGCAUCUGUAAAAACUAAACAUCCUCAAAUUAAUGAGCCGUAUCCUCCCCAUUAGGUUUAUCUGUUUAGUGGUGUUUUGGGCCUUCCUUUAGGGCAUUAUGCAUGCUCUUCUGUUCAUAUUUAUAACCCAGGCUUUUUAUUAGCGACGUAGCGGGGUGCUAACAGUUGGGAGGCAGCCUGUGCUUUGAUGGUGAUGGCAGGCGGCUUGGCGCGGGCCAAAUGUGGAGGGGAAAGAGGAUCAGCUGCCAGGCUGAGGGCCCAGUGGUAGACUGGAGAGGAGAAGGAAGAAAGAAAGAGACUUUAUUUAACUUAAAAGAAAGCGUCUGAGUUAGCGGAAGAGGGCUGAGUCGCAGCACUCUGCCUCCCUUGACUUUGAGAGAAACGCGUCUUGUGAUCAGCGAAUGUUUAUCACAUCUGCAGCGUUUGAAGCCUCGCUAACCUGAGGUGUGCUCAGCGUGUUAGCUCGUGCUAGCGCUCAUUUUGUGUGUUCGCAGGAAAAAGGAAAGCGAGUGCAUUUGUCUCAGGGUCGUGUUUUUGAUUUUUAGCGGGGAUUUGGUACUCGGGUUCUUGCAGAUAUAUGGAAAUUUGGUGCUCAGAUGUGUAUUUCUAUGCUCAAUUUUGUCUCUGCAUGUUCAUUUAUGAAGAGGAGGCAGGAAAAGUGACAUUGCUCGUUUGCAUCUUGCAAAAUUUUUUGGCAAAUGAACCAAAAUCAGGCUUCAUUUCCAUCCCUUUAAUUCUCUUUGACAUCAAGGUUCAACUGUGACCUUGAAAGCUUGUUUUGUUAAGCAGUAUUGAACACUAUCGGUGACAGAUGCUCAGGCUGAGGUAAUCAUCCAUGCAGUUAAGUGCUGCUGUUCUCAACUCAUGUCUCAUUUUGCAAGAAAUUUCCAAAAAUGCAUGUUGAGAAUUCCUGGAUGUGCUCAAAUAAUAGUAGAAAUCUCAACAUUUGCAGGUUAAACAGUCUUAGAUAUGACAAAACGCUGCUUUUGUUUCGACUGUUGAAUCAGAUCAUUAGCCGCGUUGCCGUGGUGACAAUAGAUUUUGAUGCAAAAGGCGCUAAAGGAAGCUCGGGGGUGCUAUAAUUAUAAUAAAAGUGACACCUUUCAGUAGCACUGCUUCUCAGCUGCGCUCGCACUUCAGUCUCUUUCAACUCUGACCUUAUUAGCGCUAACCUUUCCCUGCUCAACCAAUUACUGGGAAUCUUAUGUAACCUUAAAGUGACUUGUAAUGAGGAAAAAAAGGCUGGGAUGGGUUCAUAUAAGACGUCUUAAUUGAUCUUUGUCAUGGCAGAUAAUUCGACAUGUCACGGAGGAGACACAUAUCUAAAUGAUGACUCCAUGAUGGCAUUUAUGUGUGUCAGUUUGAGGGUCCUGGUGUUGUAAUUCUUGCCGCUACAUGACAGAAACGUUGGGAUUUUCUGAAAUUCGCAGGACACUUCAGUGGACUUGGAUCAGGGAAGUCUUGUUUUGGGGUUUUGACCAAUCAGAAACAAGGAUUCAAAUGCUUCCCAGUAGGGCUGGGCGAUAAACCGAAAAUUUACCGAUACCUGAAUUUACGACAAUAACCUACGUCAUUUUGCCCAUAUCGGUAUAUUUGGUGUCAAAACAGAUACAAGUUGGUUUCGAUGUGUAGGUAGGCUAUGGUCUCAUGUAAUAAUAAUAAUAAUAGAUUUUAUUUGUAACGCACUUUACAUUUAAAAACAAAUCUCAAAGUGCACAACAAGACAACAAUAACAGUAAAAACCAAGCAACAGGGCAAAACAAUAAAAAAACAGUCAACAUAAAAAACAGUCAGCAGAUAACAUCAGAUAAAAUUAGUCGGGGUAGGCUUUCCGAAAGAGGAAGGUUUUGAGUUCUCUUUUAAAAGCAUCCACCGACUGUGGAGCCCUGACGGGGAGGGCAGCAGCCUCGAAGGCCCUGUCACCCAUGGUCUUGAGCCGAGUCCUGGGUGGGCGCAGACGGUGCAGUUGGCCUGACCGGGUUCUGGCUGAGGUAUGUGGGGUGAGGAGUUCGGUGAGGUAGGUGGGGGCUGCACCGUGCAGACAGUGAUGGGUGUGAAGGAGGAUUUUGAAUUCAAUGCGAAGGUGAACGGGGAGCCAGUGCAGAGUGCGAAGGAUGUCCCUAUAAGACGCUGUCAUAUGCCAGAAAUGUGACUCCACCCCAUCCAGUCCAUAACAAAGAGAAAAAGGCAGGUGAGGAGAUGGAGGACGGUUCACAAGUUGUAGACAGAGUUAAUGUGGGAGGGGGUGAGCAGCUUGUGGAGUAGUUAUCGUCCAUUUAUCGUUAUCGAGGUGAACUGUUUAAUAUAUCGUGAAAUUGAUUUGAGGCCAUAUUGCCCAGCUCUACUUCCCAGUACGGGAGCUUAAAUCUGGGUAGAAUGACUGUCCCAGGUUGCCCCACUAACUAAGAGCUCCCCCCUCCCAGGAUUGGAGGUGGAGGUGAGGCUGCUGGAACAGCCGUUGGAUUGUCGCAGCUUAUCCUGGCUCGCAUGAAGGAAUCAUCCCGAAAGCCUUUUAGGAAACGGACCCUGGCUUUAUCCUGCGCCAAGUGAUGCUGGCUCCCCAGAUCGGCGCUCGUCCAAACAGAGCUGAGGCGAGCCAUGAGCGCUCCUCCUUUAUCUUGGCUUAUUGUGUGCUGCUCUUGGACCUGGAUUCCUUUACCCCCAUGCGAAAAAUAGAGACGCAAGUUGCUCAUACACUUCAGGCCACGAUACCAACAAAUAGACCUGUUUAUGCAUGUGCGUAGGUGUUCACACAAACACACACACACAGGCAAGAGGUGCAUAAUUACACGCAGAGCUGCAUAAUUAUGCCACUCACACAUGCACAUGCACUUGCAAAAUUAUGUGCGCACACAUACCCGAGCUAGCAUAAUUACAUGCGGCCACAUACACCCACAUGGCUCCACGCGAGGAACCGCUGAUCAACCGCAUGACCUUCUCCUGUACAAUGUUAAUGUCACCACCUGCGGGAGGAAGGGGGAGGGCCUGGAAGGAGUGACGGGGGAAAGAAAGAAGAAGAUGGAUGUAAAGAAAAGCGGUGCAAUAAGCCAUCUUACCCCGCCGCCCCCUCACCUGCAGCUUUCUUCAUCCGUCUUACCUUGUCAAACAUCCCCUGUUCUGCAUGCACACAUGAACACACACUCCUAAGUACAGUAUGCAUGACUGUACUCAGACUCUACCUCGCUUUGCGGCGCAGAACACACCCCCGUAGGUCGCAACCUAACAUUUAGAGUGCAUGAACUGGAUUCCGCGAUGCCCAAUGCUCACCCGCCGACAAGAUCCUGUUAUGGCAAAUGUCACACUUCCAAAAAGGAUUCACCCCCCAUGGAGAAAAUGAAGUCAACACCUUUAUCCUCCCUUCCUUGCCUCCUUCACCUUGUCCCUCCAUCACUACUCUCCUCCGCCUCCUCCGUCUUCCUCUCACUUAUCCGCUUCUAUCCUCUUUUCCGCUCUCUUGAACUAUCUCUACUCGACACACACACACUCACCUUGGUUUGCAGUCCUAAGCGUUUUGCUGAAUAAAGUCCCCGUUAACCGGCCGGUUUUAGCGGAUAAUUAGCGCUCACCUUGGGAGAAGAGGAGACGACGGCGAGGGGGAAAAAAAGACGGAAAAAGGGAAAUUGGAGAUUUUGGGGGUCGAUACAGGCGGAGAAUGAGCACAAGGUAGGAGGUUUUAGCUGGGCCUUUGGCAAAAAGGCGUCCUUUUACCUUUAUCGUGUCUUAAGGCUUGAUUGUGCUCGAAAAGAAUGGGGGAAAAAAAGCCUUCUCAAUUAAUUCACCGGCCGCCGCCAUCAAGGAAACAGUAGACCUCUCACAUCGCCAUGAAAGAAGCGAUAUUUCAAAGCACCACAGAUGAAAAAUACAACACGUAGGCGUGCACUUAUGGGAGAAGGCACUGUGUUAUUAUCCUCACUCCUCACUCGAGAUAUGGUCUUGAGCAGCUUGUUUUAAUUUCAUGUCAGUAUGCAAAAUCUCUCUGUUCCUGGAAGAAGACAACUUACCGGCACAGUCGCACUCCCUCGGCAACACACGGAAUAAAAAGGUGUGGUUUUAUUUUUAGAAGGUGCAAACAAGGAAAGAAAGAAGGGAGGGGGUUGGGGUUGGGUUGGGGUUGUGAGAUUGUAAAUGUCUCUGAUGUGUUCAGUCUGCACAACCUUAUUCCUGAUAAUGGAACUAGCUACUCCGUCUGUCAGUGCCUAUUUACACACAAAUGAAGUGGCGAGUACCACGCGCCCAGUGGAGCUGCUAGCCUCCAUCUCAGCUGUCAAAACAGGUUAGCUGCUACAAGCCGUACACGGCGAUCCCUGGGAUCAAACUGGCGCCGUCCGUUCCCACAUAAUAGCUUCAUCCUUGGACACAGAGCGCCCCCCACCCCCUCCCUCCUCUUCUUCUUUCUCAAAGAACCUGGCCGGCUUGUUGUAAAGUAAUAGACUCCUCAGAAUGCCAGUUCACACAAAUCGAGGAUGUAGCCUUUUUAUUUGCCCUCUGCGGGGAGAGGUGUGGGGAGUAACAGGGAUGAAGCAGAGCAUAACUACAGCUGAAUAAAUCUUCCUAUCUUGGCUCAGUGGAAGCCGGCGCACACAUGGCUUGUCAAAGCUCUAUAAAAUGUUGUUUGAUAGGAGUUCUGUACAGUUUAGGACUUCGCCUCCUGCUAUCCACUCGGCUCGCUUUCGUUCCGCGCUACAGCGGUUGCAAUCAAUCAGUGUGUAAUCAGGCGUCUUGCUGGAGCUGCCAGGUAAUCCUGGCUGUCUGGGUGGCUAUCAGUGCCUGUGCGCCUGUGACAGCUGGCAGAGCUGCUGAGGUGCCUGUCUGGGUGAGUGGAUGGCACCAUGCAGAUUUCCUCUCCACAGUGUGUAAAGGCAUAUCCGAUGAUCUGAUGGCUGUUGAAAUUGUCAAGUGGGAUUUGAGAGUGUGGAUGGGCGUUUGCUGUGCGGAUGCCCGAAUGCGUGAACUCGACUGAAUUGAGUUUAAAUUGACUCCCUUUUUUUCCUCUUUCUCUCUUGCAGACUUGCCUAGAAUUGGAGCGCUAUCUGCAAACGGAGCCCAAGCGUCUGUCGGAGCUCUUCGACCAAGACUUGGACGGCCUUUUAACUCCGGCCUACCUGAAAGAGGACGGCGAGGAAGAGCUGACAGACGAGCUUCUCCCCAGCCUCCCGAACCAUCCCGAGCCCCCGAGCCCACCUCCGGUGAUCCUCUGCCCGACACGUAAGAGUUUUCCUUCCGUUCCUGCGGUGAAAAGAGACCUCAAACCUAAGCUGGAAAAUGCAGAAGGAAUGGAGGGCGUCCACCAAGCCCAGCUGAGCGCCGUCACCUCCCUGACACCCCCGUCGUCGCCAGAACUGGGCCGGCAUCUUGUCAAACCCAACCAGACGCUCACGGCGUCCGCUGAUGGGACGCUAACUCUGAAGCUGGUGGCCAGGAAGGUCGGGCUCAGCGCGGCACGGUUGGUGGCGGCUCAUUCGCUCCCCGUCCGGAUGAAGGACGAAGAGGAGGGGGGCGCUUGCGUUAUCGGGGUGGGGGAGCUACCGGAGAACAAGAAGAGGAUUCAUCGUUGUCAGUUCAACGGUUGCAGGAAGGUGUACACCAAGAGCUCCCACCUAAAGGCCCAUCAGAGGACACACACAGGUGAGAGUUCAAGAGUCUCUCGAACAAAACGAAGGUCAAUUUGAUGGUUCGGAAAUCAUUUAAAGAUCAGAUUUGAUUGAAAACAAUCAUAUUUGUUUGAGAUUUUGAGAUUGAGAUUGUUUAUUCGAUCAAAUAUACAUAUAGUACAAUUUUAGACGAGGAAUUCCCAAUUUUCUUGGAGAUCGAAAAGUAGUAGGUUGAAGCUGUUUAGCUUGUUUGUACCUACCCUCAUUCCUUCCGCAUUUUUAAUCAAAUCGCCUCGAACCAAAGAGUGAGUUUGAAUUUCAGACAUUUUCUCCUUCUACAAGGCUUUUGGGCAUUUGGCAACAAACAUAUCGUCGAUAUUUUCAGCUUUCUGUUCUCAUCCAUCCAUCCUUCCUUUUGGCUCAUAUCUAUUAACAAAAUACAUCUUCUUUGCUUGCCAUGCAAAUGCAAAUGUAGUGAAAAAACACAGUUUUCCCUGGAAAGACAACCUCAUGGCGCUCGAUGGUAAGAUCACCUUAAAAAAAUCACUCUUGGAAAAUCUCUCUCCUUCCCCACUUCUUCAGGACAGGUCCUCCUUGUCAAGGUUCUUCUCAAGAAGGAAGGGGGGAGGGUUCAGGAGCUAUAACUCUCCCGCUCUUCCAUCUCAAUCCCAAACCACUCAGACCCCUGUCGGGGAGCUGUCCUCCAUCUGAGUAACUGCGCAGUGAUGGAUGGAUUGACCUGGAUAGGCCGCCAUUUCCCCAGUUUAUUUCAGGCUCCCCCCGUCCUCUGUGCGUUCUGUAAGUCUAGGUCAGUGGAUCUCAAUCGAAGAGUAGACAAAUAUAUUCCCGGUUAUUCUGAUGAUGAGAGGAAAGGGAAAAGAGAGAUUCUUGUUUGGCAUCAUUAAUUUGGGGGGGUUAGGGUUCAGCACCCCUUUGCCUCUGGGUGUCGUUUGCACCAAACACAUUACAGGGGUGUUGAUUUGGACUCUAAGGUGUUUCCUGCUUCGGUUUGCUCAGGGAGGUGUGAACAAUAUGUGUUGAAUUUGGCAACAGUGGCUAAAUAUGCCGCACUCUGUCUCCGCCUAAAAGAGGCAAUCUUGGUUAAAUACAAUUUAAAUGACUCCCUUUGGUAUUCGUCUCCGCUCGUGCCCGUGUUUGACUCUGAAUAUCAGAUUGAACGAGGUCCGACAGAUGGUUCCUUAAACAUUCAAGGUACAGAAUAAGACGUCCAUCACGCCAAAUGAAGUUAAAACGACUCAAAUGUGAUUUUCUUCCACCCCCAAACUUAACGGUUGACGGAUCGCCAAAGCCGGACAUGCCCUCCUCUCUGGACGGAGCGGGGAUAUAAAUAAAGCCGACUGUUGUCUGUGAGGAAGGAGGAAAGUAAUCUGUAUGUGUGAUCACACCACUGAUAGUGCAACGCCACAGGUUGAGGCAUCAGCGUGACUGGAACAAAGGGCGCAGACAUGCAAUCAUUGAUUUCCCCAGUGUGUCUUGUCUGCAGCCUCAGAGUUGGACUCCACGCCAACUGGGUCGGCUCGGCAAGACUAACACUGCAAUACUCAAACAGGCGUCUAAAUUAUCAGAUUUGAACUUGGAUUCAAACUGAAAACAAAAAAAAACUUUUUGUUUUUGUGCAAAAUGUUUGUGUUGAGCUUUUUAUGUAACCUGACAAUGAAGGAAUCUAAAUUCCUAGACAGGAUUUAGUCUCUUUAGCUGCUACUUUAGGCGAACCAGCAGCAUAAGUCUAUGGAUAUCAAUGUAGAUUCACCGUUAGGGCAGCUUGUUCGCUUCAAACUUGAUAAUCUUUGACUUUCAGUGUCAAUUUAAACAGAUAAUCACCCAAUUUGAACAACGUCUUAUGAGUUAUAGGCUAAUCCCAGUGGCCCAAAUGUACUUUUUGCUGAUUUGGGCUUGAAAAACUCAAUAUAGUAAGAAUGCCAAGGUCUGUACCUGGUUAAAAGGGUGUAAUCUUGUCAUUUUUAUCCUGUUUUUAAGCUAAUAUAUUCCUAUAGACUCUUGGACUUGCUCUCUCUUUCUCUCUCUCAUUUGGAGUUUUCCGAUACAACUUUUUUACUUCCGAUAAGAUACCGAUAUUGUAACCUUCAGUAUUGGUUGAUGCCGAUAUUGAUCCGAUUUUGGCUCAAAUUUGUGCAUGACAAGUUUUUCACUCAGCUGCAUACAUACACGCUCCUACUCUUUGCUACUUUGUUAGUACCUUAGUCCAAACUUGUGAUUGCACAGUUGUGAUUAUGUGGGCUUUGCGUGCUAGAUUCCGGGCGCUGCUCGCUAAAAGUGCAAGAGCGUGUAUAGGAGAGCUGAUUUUGAAGAAUUUCGAUGCAGGUCGAUAUAAUCCGAUAUUUGUUUUUUGUUAUACAGGACCGACAUUUGAUAUCAAUAUUGGAUUUGGACACCCCUGAUAAUACCUGAAGUUUGUAAUUUGCCGCUGCCAGUUUGUUAGCUUGUCAUUUUUAGCUUGUUGGCUAAAAGAUCACAGAAGCAUUGUCAGUGUUGCUGUUAACUCUGAGACUCAUUGUCCCUCUCUCCUAACUUGAUUUUCAUCAAUUAGCCUUUUUCCUAAUGUCCGAAAAUGACAUGCUCCUCAAACAAAAGCUCGUUUUAAACUGUAUUUUCUUUCCACAGAAGCUUAAAUGGUCAUUUUUCAAUGAUUUUGCAGAAACAAUUACCUAAACGAUGAAUUGGAUUAUCUUUUCCGUCCUAUCAGCUAAUUGUUUCAGGACAAAACAGCUCCAGACAGAUCCUUGCCCGAUCAAAAACCAGCUUGAACAAUGGCUCUCAGUGUAAGAUAAAACGGUUUCAUUUCUGUAAGAAUCCUCUUAAUUGUUAUAAAUUGAUACAACAGCAGUCGAUGGUCCCUGAAUGUUAUAUAUUGCACCUUAAAGGGCCUCCUCUCGUCAGUAGCCCGCCCCUAAAGCUUAUCGUUGUCACAUAAGGUGCUUCUGAUAAAAGCCUCUAUUCGAAGAACAUCUGUCUUGUUAUUCAAACCGGGAAGGUAGAAUGAUAAAAGGGUAAAACGUCGACAAAGGAUGACAAAAGAGAAAACAAAAGAGCCGCAGAAAACGCAAGAUAGGGAGAAGAGAGUGACGCGGAGCGAAACAAAGAGUAGAUGAAGACAGGAAAGAGGAACAGGGAGGUACAGUACGAGCGACCCUCUUCAGAAAAGAGACAGCAGUGCCACAGGCUCCCCCAUUCACUGAGCCAUUAUCCUGACAAGUUUAAAGAUGUCAUUACUCAAAUCCUCUUUUUCUUAGUUGUUAUUUCCAUAAAUUACUGACGGAGAAAAGGCUACGAUUUAAUCUGGAAUUAGACGGGCUGAGUUGAAAUGACAGUGCCCUGUAGAGCUUUUUGUGAAUAGGCUUAUGGGAGAUAAGGAAUGGUACAAUUAGAUUUUGGGCAGGGUGAGGGAACGGGGUAAAACUGUCGGGUUAUUCUUGCCUUUUCCUUCUCUCUCUUCUUUCUAUCCCUCUUUUCCUCGUCUGCCUCACUCCAUCUGUUAUCCCACUCUUUCUUUCUCCCUCUCAUGCAUCAGUCUUUCAUAACACGUCUGUCUCUGUGAACGCUCCUCUCUCACAAUCUUUUACUGCUCAGCUUUUCUUCUCUGCAACUUUCUCUUCUUAAAGCUUUGGCCGACUAUUUGAGGGAAAUAUGUAGCUGCUUUUUUUCCUGAGCAAUAUUGCACUAGUUUUAGUGUCUUUGUAGAAUUGCACCAUCGCCAUGGUUGCAGGAGUGACUGCAGAUUUUUGAAUAUGGAAUAUGCUCUGAUAUCCAGAUACUCUAGGUCAUGUUGCAACUUUAACAUGUAUUGAGGAGAACUCUGGCUUUACAGAUCACUGACGGUUCUAUACAGAUACAAAAAUACUAGACCACCAUCCUACAACAUUACUACACUGCAACCCUGCAAUUAUACAACACUACCACUCUGACUCUCUACAACAUCACCAUGCUACCAUGCAACCACAACACCCACUGCCAAACUACCAUACAAACACACUAAGAACCACCAGUCAUGACACCGUUCUGCCAUGCAACCACAACACCAUGCUGGUACAUAACCAUUCAACCACCCUACCAGACUACAAUAAUACUGUACUGCUACCAUCAGUCAUGCAACCACUCUACAAUGCAACCACAACACCAUACAAACACUCCACCAUGCAACCACAAUUACUAGCAUGUAUUAUGCAACCACAAUACAAUGCAACCGCAACACCAUGCAAACACUCUACCAAAAUACCAUGCAACUACUUUUUAAUGCAACUUUGCAGCCACUCUACCAUGCAACUACACCGCCCUGCCACUACAUGACAAUUCGACCACCCUACCACACCAUCGCACUACUGAACUGCCAAACUGCCACACUUCCACCAGUCAUGCAACCACUCUACCAUCCAACCACAACACCCUGUUGCUACAUGACCAUUCAACCACCUUACCACUACUGUACGACGUAACUGCCACACCAUCGUCAGUCAUGCAACUACCAGUCAUGCAACCACAAUAUAUUGAAACGACUACACCCGGCAACCACAACACCAUGAAACCACGACACCACAACAUCACUUGACCAUGCAACCACACCUACUACCACCAGUCUCUUCAAACCACUCUACCAUGCAACCAAACUAACUACUACCAGUCAUAUCACCACACCUCUUUGCAACCUCAUAGUGUCAAGUGAUGUCUAACCUCGUCUGUUAUGUGUUUAUUAGCUUUAUAUGUCCCACAUAUAUAUAUAUAUAUAUAUGUCCCCAUGUGAAUGUCUAAAAGAUUCCACAAACCACACUACCAUGUAACCACAUCCAGGGUCCCUGCUUUAAAUCAGCAUCACCUUCCAGUUUCAUAAUUAAGAACAGGCAUUUAAAGGUUGGUACCCGAGUUUAAGGGAGGACCCCAUGUUUUUAGAGGUCCUUUAAAUAUGACAAACUUGUUUAAAAUCAGCCUCAGGCAGAUGUCUAAGAAAUUCUAACCCUUUUGCUCGACCAGUUUUUUAGGAUUAUCGUAAACAAGCUACAGCUGCGAUACAAGAAACCAUCAAAACUCUGAUUAUCAUAAAAAUGUAAAGACGUGUUUGAUUUGAAGAGUUAAAAUAAAUGCUAGUUAAUGAUUUAGAUUGUGAAGUUAAGUGAGAAAGUCUAUCUGAGGCUUGAGUGCUGCAGGGUCCCAUCCUUCAGCCUUGUUUUCCAUCACUCUCUCUCUCUCUCUCUCUAAUGCACUUUACUCUCUCAAUCUUUCAUCUCUUCCUCUAAACCUGUUCCUCUCUUCCUCUUCUCUCCACAAUAGCGGCGCUUCUUGUGGGCAGGAUCCUAUAAAGCGUUCUCCGAGAGCCUCUCUAAUGACCUCUGAGACCCGGAUGCCCUGCCUCGGCUCCGGCUAAUGGAGGGAAUGCAAUUAACUUCAACACUGGCACCUGAGUGGCUGGAGCGAGUGUGCGCGAGUGAGAGCGUUCGGAAGUCAUAGAUUACAUAUAAUGGGAUUACAGGGACUCAGGAAACACCAAAUUAUCAGAUUACAGAUGAGGAGUAUGUGAUUGUGUGUUUGAAACCUGCAUUUUAAAGAGGAAAAGCAGCAUUUGAAGGUAAAACGAGCGGAUGGCGUUCGCUAAUGGGGGUUUUAUUUGAUGAUGCAGGAAAAUAACGGUUUCAACAACACGACUGUCCUUUUGUCGGAGCAGAAAUAAUCCACUUAAAUCUUUAUUAUAUGUUUAACAGGCAAAGUAAUCCAAAAAGUAACAGAGCAUAAUCAGAUUAUGUUGCUGAGUUCAGGCUAAUCCCUGGGAUUAGGGCGCUGAUUGACGUUUUUCAGUCUGACGGGGUGCAGCAUUGUCUUUUCGAGGAGUUGUGCAUCGCUCUCUUAAUCUGAGUGUGAACGUUUGAGGAGGCGAACGCGCACCUGCUCUACUUGCCUGUUAGUACGAGGGCAUCUUAAGGGAGAGCGGAGUGGUGGUGGUGGAGGAGGAGGAAGAUGGAGAGGGGGGGCUCUGUUGCUAGGCGACGGGGGGCAGCGUAUCGUUGGAGGAGUCGGUAGCUGAGUGGUUAUGUACUGCUCCAGGCUCUGGUCUCUGAGUGCCCCCCCACUCCCUCCUCACUCCCUCGCUUCCCAUUCCUCCUGCACUACCACUACUACCACCACCACCACAACCACCACCAACCCCCCCCACCCUCCAUCCUCCUCUUGCCCCGCUCAGCUCUACGGUUACCGUCGCUAGGCAACUGCCUCCGUUCUCUGCCAGUGUGCUCGGUAAUUGGCCGGUGGCAUGGCGGCGUGCCGUUGCCAGAUCCAGCCAGCUGCACUGACUACUGCCUCCUCAUGUUUCAGUGCCCCCCUCCUCUCCCUCUACUCCCCCCCACCCCAACACACAUACACACAUAUGUACUCUCCACCCCCUUGCUCAGGUUGCUAGGCAACACAUUCAGGCAUCCUUGCCUCCCGGGAAUUUCAUUGGCCAGACCGGGAUGGCCCAGACCUGCUGCUCACGGUGUUUCUGGAAAGUGAAGGCAGAAUCAACAAUGAGGGACAGGCAUGGAUAAAUAGGACGGGAUCGGGCUAAUUCCUGGAAUCUUUCAAACUUUGCUCUAUAUGUAUACUCUUUAUGUCAAAAUAAACUCACUUCACACAUUCAUUUGGAUUAAAAAGACUCGGUGAGAUGGGAAGACAUGGCCAAGUCCUGGUUUUUAGGUAUGAAAUAAUACAUGGAUGUGUAAAUUAAAGAGCCUGGCUAAUUGCUGGAACUUCAAAUUGACAUUUCGUCUUCAUACUCAUUAUUUUAUCUGACAUCAUUUUGUGUCAUCCAUCAUGCUGAAGCAUACAUUAAGCAUUAUCCCUGGAUAGGUAUGAUGGGAUAUGGGUAAUUCUUGGACCUUUUUGCCAAAAUAAUUUAAUUUAACCUGCUAGAACUGUCAUUUUCUGAACCUAAUCCAUAUUCUAACCCAUGUUUGAGAUUCUGGGUUAAACUGAUUUACCUAAUCAUAAAAUGAUACAGUCAAAGAGGAUAAAAAUGCAGAUAAGGAUUAGAUUAGACUAAUCCCUGAAAUUUAAAAUCAAAAACAAUUCAACUUUCUAUCCUUGAUAUAAAGUUUUAUCUUAAAUAUUUCCAAAUCAUACUUUCUGGUUGUGUUUGUGUUAGUCAGAGAGACUAGCUAAUUGCUGGAACUUUAAAUUGACAUUUACCCUCCAUACUCAUUAUUUCAUCUGACAUCAUUUUGUGUCAUCCAUCGUAGUGAAGCGCACAUUAAAAAGCAUUAACCCCUGGAUAGGUAUGAUGGGAUGGGGCUAAUUCUUGGAUCUUUUUGCCAAAAUACUGUAAUUUAACCUGCUAGAACUGUCAUUUUCUGAACCUAAUCCAUAUUCCAUUUUUGAGAUUCUGGGUAAAACUGAUUUAUCUAAUCAUAAAAUGAUACAGUCAGAGAGGAUAGAAAUGCAGAUAAGGUUGAGAUCAAACUAAUCCCUGAAACUUUAAACCAAAAACAAUUCAACUUUCUUUCGAAAACCAUACUUUAUAGUUGUGUUAUUUGAAGAGGACGUGACUAAAUCCUGGAUUUUAAUCACCAAAAGUCACAAAGUUUGUCUUAUUUCUUAGCUGUAAAGUUGAAAAGACAUAAAUUAGAGGCAGAUUUAUGAAUAUUUUUUCAAUUCAAGAAUUCAAUUAAAGGAGUAAAAGUCACGGAUAUGACUAAUUCCUGGUCAAAGCAGAAGUGUCUUUAUUUGAAUUCAUUAGCGCUGUUUUGACGCCGUUUCGUGACGGCUGACAGGAGGUCGUACCUUUUUCACUCCUUCAUUUAUCGCCUCAUCACGACUGUCACCUGCUGCACCUUUCCUUUCACUGUCGAGCCAUCCGUGAUUCCUGUUAAUGGAGUUCACACUGACAAGGCUGCUCUCAGUUCAUAGGAAAAGCUUUUUUGUGUUGUUUUCUUCCUUGUGAGUUUUUGAAGGGUGUUAAUAUGAAUCUCCAGGUCGACUAAGUGGCGUUAAACGUGUCAAAAAAAGGACAGAAUGCACCUUUUACGAGCACACAAAAGUACUGUAUGCCGUAUUGAUUUUUUACCUUCUGCUUCAUGACCAAAUCUGCAAACAAUGAGCGAGUUUCUCCGCCAGCUGGUCCUCCAAAUCAGGACUUUCUUCUUCUGCAGCAGUUCAUCUAUUGAUUUCGCUUCUUUCUGAUAAUCACAUUCAGCAAAUUAAGCCCGUUUUUGUGCGGCGACCGCUCAUGCGGAGCUGGUCAGUGUGUCAGUGCGGCUGAUUCGGGUCCAGAUGGGAUGUGACUGAUGCAGGUGACAUGUUUGAAACUGGACGCAGCUGGCAGACCGUGGCUUCCUCGCCAUUACGCCGUGUGACUGGCCUAAUUAUCACCACCCCCACCUCCUCCUCCUUCCUCUCUCCUUCCCUCUUCUGCCUUAAUCCACUUCUCUCCUACUCCACUUCCCCUCGGUCUGGUCUCACCUCCUCUUCUCUCGCUCUCAUCCACCUUGUCUCUAAUCCCUCCUCCCCCCCUUUUUUAUUUCAUGCAACUCCUCUUCACUCGCUCCACUUCUCCGCUGCAAGUUCAGCAAGAUCCCAGACCAGUGGGAGCUUCUCCAUCACACUCUUCGACACAAACUUCGAAUUCGCCAAAUGCAUCAAACAUGAGCCCGAACGUAUUUGCUUCCACCGUGGUUUUACCUUGUGAUUGCCGGAUGAGCGAUAAAACCCACUGCUUAUGCCUUGUUUUUUCUCCCUCCCCCAGGUGAGAAGCCGUACAAGUGCUCGUGGGAGGGCUGCGAGUGGCGAUUCGCCCGGAGCGACGAGCUGACGAGGCACUACCGCAAACACACCGGCGCCAAGCCUUUUAAGUGCAACCACUGUGACAGGUCUGUCAAAACACAUCUCAGCCUCCUUCUCCAGCUCCCUUCGAUGUUUUCCCCCCCACUUUCCGAGGGGUUAUUUGAAGUACUUCCACUCGCACAGCGGGCCCCGCGUCUCCCCAUUGUGUUUAGUACACAGUUUGGUUUAGUAAAGCAGCGCUACAAGAUGCUGCUAACACACCCCGACGUGUUUGGUGCUGACCCAGUUUGAAAGUGCGCUGGCAGGAUUACUAAUGUGCGUUCUUCUGCAACACAUGCAAGACCAAACCUGCUCUGUGUUUCAAUGGGAAUCCAAACGCUUUCUACCCACAUUAAACCUCUGCUGCAUAUUAAUAGAGCAUCCCUCUCACAGGCUGCUGCACGGCCUUGAUUUGGAGGCUGUUUUCACUCUGGGACAGAGGUGUAAAAUGACCGUAGAAGCCAUUAGCGCCAUCGCACAUCACCGCUGUUGAAUAUGAAUUACAACUUUUUUGAGCGAUACUUUUUUAACCCUUAAAGGGAUAUUCAAGUGUAAAAUUUAACUAAGGGUCAAACACACCAUAACACUGACACGCCUUGAAUUUUGCUGACUGCUUGCUUCUCUAGUCAUACCAACUUAGUAACGACCGCAGGAUAGCAAUACACAGCAGUCUGAGGAGCCAUAAACAAACCUCAACCAAAAAGCCACUCUAUAGCCACAAAUAAUGUUCAGAACAGCACCUAACUUCAUCAUCAGUACAUAAAGGGUCCCAGCCAUAGUACUAGCCACCAAACAUCUUUUUAACUUUGACUAAUUUCCUAAUUUUACCUACUCUCUUCCAGCAGCCACUUAUGUGUAGCGAGACCUCAGGCCAGUCCAUUACGGACUACAGCAGAGUUUCGCAGCUCAAGGAAGAACAUUUAUGAUCAUUGCUAGGGCCCGACCGAUUGAAUCAGCCAAUUUUACCCCGUUUGAGACUAAUUAGUGAUCGUCCAAAACUCACUGAUGUUCGCCGAUAUUUUCAGAAAUAAAAUGCGGGGAAUAGGAUUCGGUUUCACUUCGAAAAUGUUCCACCAUGUGAAAAGUUCCCCAACUUAUCCUGUAGAUGGCGCAGUGACCUCAUGACAAUCUUCAUCCACUAACUACCUCUCUGAAGCAGGCAGCUCAGGGACGCACGGAGGAGAGUGGUCCGCCUCAACAGUAAAUAAACCAGUUUGUAAAAUACACAAUAAGUCAACAAGUUUCAGUUCAACCCACUUCACGAUGUUCCCUGCUGUGCUGGUCUCGGUCACGCCGAGUUAACAGUGAAGCACCAUGUAAUAUGCAAGCUAAAAUUAGAGUUAGCCAUCUGCUAUUAGCCUGCUACACUGUUAGCCGUGCCAGUAAUGGUAGAAUAAACAACAGUACACAUUAGUGAUCGAGCUACUUCUCUGACCGACGCAGCUCCAUGUCUCCGGAAAUGAGUAACAUGAGUUAAGACGCGGAGGCACUGAUAAAAUCGGCCAAUUAAUUGGUAUUUGAUUUAAUCGGUAUUGGAAUCAACCUAAAAAAAUCCAUAUCGUCGGGCCCUAAUCAUAACUUCAUGGAAAUGCAAUCAGACCGAGACACUGAGGCAGAAGAACUACCGCGUCUGCAGUGCAAAAUGAUUAAUAUAAUGAUUAAAAAAAAUCUGUUUUUUGAUGUAAUUUUGCAAAAUAUCCUUAAAUUUUCUAGUUUCUAUUGUGAGCGUCAAUAUGCUGAAACUAAUGAUAGAAAUCUCAGCUAACAAGUGCAAAAAUAAUGAAAACUAUUCAUAUAAUUUUUGAUAAAACCGUUUAUCUUUACUUUUUUAGAGCGGACAUGUAUUUGAAGAGUGUCCCCGGCCAAUGUGACCCCAAAUACAGAUUACUGUUACUGUAAAUAAACCCUCACAGUCCCCCUCUGAUUGGAGAGACUUUCCCGUAAACCGGAUCAUUCCUGGUUUGAUCCCUGUGAUCCGAGACCAAGAGUGUCCUUGAGGGAGGUAAAAAGCGACCCCGGGAGCACUCUGCCACACAUGAAAUUCUUAAAAACAUGACAUUUUAUCAGAGAAGGUGACGGUUUUGGGUAUUUUUCACUCCUGUUAUUGUUUUUUUCAAGAAACUGAACUCCUGCCCUUUUUGUUUACGGUCUAACAAACCUGAAAAUAUCUCUUUAAUCUUCCGCUGAGGUGUCACUUUGAAGACUGACUCUGAUGCCAUUUACCCACCGCACACUGCUUCUUAAUUAGUCGCCCCUGCUUCUGUUUAAUUAUGAACCACAGCAAAAAUGUUAAUUUGUAGUUCUCGCUCAACACGGCCCUGAUGACAAAAUCAUCAAACAUGUGGCGGCCAUUACUGGCUUUGGAAAGACGGAGCAGAGCUCAGACGGAAAAAUCUUUACUCCUGUUUUAAUUACGCUCUCCUCCGGCUGUGAUGAGGCUCGCUCUGACACCUCGGGGAUCUCUGAGCAAUAUUGUCUGCAGGAGCUUCCGUAGUUUUUAAGGCGAAGGGCCCCAGGUGAAGAUUUGGAGGAUUAUUUUGGUAUGAAGCUACAAAAAUCUAUAUUUCCGAAGAAUACAAGAGUGUUUCCAAAAUUGUGAUGAAUAAAAUCCCCACCGAAAACUCAUUUUAAGUGAUUACUCAUAACGUAACACUAUCUUGUGUGCGCAAGAUUACUUUAUCUUGUGUCUCAAAAAAAUCAAUUUGGCCUCAAGUCAGUAAAAGUGAGUAUAAAAUAAUGAUCUUGUGUACUUGUUUGCACAAUGUAAUUAAAUUGUGUGCAAGAUAGUUAUCUGGUGCACAGCAUAAUCAUCUUGUGUGCACAAGAUAACUUUAUCUUAUGCCCCAAAAAAAUCAAUUCGGCCUUAAGUCAGUAAUUGUGAGCAUAAGAUAAUUAUCUUGUGUACUUGUUUACAUAAUAUAAUUAAAUUGCGCGCAAGAUACUUAUUUUGUACACUGCAUAAUCAUCUUGUGUGCACAAGAUAAUUAUUCUGUGUGCACAAGACAAACUUUAGGGCUCAGGAUAAAAUUAUCUUGUGCACAUACUGUAUGUUAAGUAGCUUAUAUUCACAGGAUUAUCAUCUUGUGAUCACAAGAUACUUAUCCUGUGAUGCAACUUGGUUAAACAGGAAUAAAACUUUUGUGUAGAAUCUUGUGCACACACCUAAAUAUAUCUUGUGCACAAAUGUUAAGUAGCCUAUAUUCACAGGAUUAUCAUUUUGUGAUCACAAGAUACUUAUCCUGUGAUGCAACUUGGUCGCACAGGAUAAAAACUUAUGUGUUCAAGAUAAAAUAAUCUUCUGUGCAGAAUCUUGUGCGCUCAAUUUAAUUAAAAAAGCACACAAGAUACUAACUUGUGUUCAAAAGAUAAUAAUGUUGGGCACAUGCAAUAAUUAGCUUAUGUCCACAGGAUUAUUGUCUUGUUAGGACAAGAUAACUGCUGGUACAACUUGUGAACGUUAGGGUUCUAACAUGCAUACACUCAUAUUAUAAUUAAGAUAGUAACUUGCUUUCACAAGAUAAUUAUAGUUUGCAUUAUUAUUAUCAUUAUUAUUAUCAAUAUUAUUAUUAUUUAUCUUGUCCUGUUACAAAAUUAAAGCUCCUGUGCAACACUUUUUUGUGUUAAUUUUGGCGCCCCCUGUAGACCAAUCAGUGUCUUUUGUAUUUUACUCAUUUUGAUCUGUUUAAAUCUAAAUAAUGUUUUUUAUCCGCCUCAAUGUUCACUUCUUUAACUUUUAAAGGGUGUAACAGGGUGUCACUGUUUUUUUUAGCCUGUGUCUUUAAGAGCCAAAAACCCCUUACUAUAUCUUUAUUUCGCCAUUUUAAAAUACAUAUUAAUUCAUGAAGUUUAAGUUUCUUGUUUUUGUUUCUACAACUGUUGAUUUUUUGUUGACACCAGUUUUAAAUUAGCUCUUUCCACUGAGACAGAGGUGACUGUCAACAUGAAUCAGUGAUCGUCCAAGAGGGGGAGUAACUCUGAAAUGAGCCCCCACUCAUCUGUCUACCUGUCACACCUGCAUGUGCACCUUAGUGAGUGUGUGUUUGUUAGUGUGCACGCAAACAAACACACAUAAGGUCAAAUGAACGACUCAGGAGAGGUUUUAUGAGUGUGUGUUUGUCACUGUGAGAGUGUGUGUGUGAGACAGAUGGUAAAGUAUGAGUCACGACUCGGGGGCACGACACCAGCUGGCACACCGUGGGUCCGCCCCCCUCACCCCGCCCCUCCUCACCCUCAAUCUUCCAGCCCGUCUUCUCUGUCUCCCCUGUUUCCCCCUCUGCCUUCAUCUCAGCAGGGUGUGUGUUUGUGAGUGUGUGAUGGGCUGGAGGGGACGGCGAGGUUGGGCCCCCUUGUGACACAUGACAGAGGUGGGCCCGAAUUAGAGAUGUGCCUGCAGGGGAGGGAGGGGAGGAGCGAGGAGGGGGUUACUGUAUUUACUGUCUGUCCAGCUGAUGCCUGAUUAAGUUGACACCCUCCUGCCCUCUGCUCCCUCGUUCACACACUCACAGACACUCACAGACACACACAUGUGCACGGAUGACCGGGACACACACUCUCACAGUGAGGCGGGGUCCCUCAGGUGAAGAGGGAUUUCUUUUUGUCCUUUCAUAACGAGCACAUGCAUGAUUUAGGAGGUCAUAUGUUCACUAAGUUACUGCAGUGGGAUUGAAGAGGAUGCACUGAAAAGAAAGCACCAGCAUGUAGUAGAGUCCAAAAAAAUUUUGUAUUUUUGCAAAGGCUUUUUUAAUGACAUACAAAAACAAUCAAGACUAUCAGUGACAAGUUUGGCUUUUCUUAUACAGUAGCUAUAGUGGGAGAAAGGUCAAAGGAGCAGCCAUGUUUUAAAAUUUUUUAACAUAGAAUAUUCACAAUAAAUGAAACCUUUUAUAACAAAAAAAACUGAACAGGAUAAGAUUUUUGUCAAGAGAAACUUCCUAAGUAAGACCGGCAAAGGCUGAGGCACCAAAAUUGAUACAAAAAGUUCCUCACAGGAGCUUUAAAAUAGCUUCAAAAGGGCUUAAAAUAUUGAGAAUUGUAUUCCAAAAUUUUGAGAGAAUUUAAAGCUACUGUAAGGAGUUUUUUAAUAGACUGAAAUUAAUAAUAGUGUCUUUUUGAUGACAGACAAAAGCAAAUAAGGCCAUUUGUGAGAAGAUUAACUAUUAACAUGCCUUAAAGUAGCAUGAGGGGGUAGGUGUCAUUGGAGCAGCUAAAGGAACAACACUUAUUUUUUUCAAUUUUACAGUCAAAUAUUUGACAUUUCUUUUUGAUAGAUUACACUCCUAAAGAAUAUGGGGGACAAGGAAAGCAAAGACUGCUUUAUCCACAGAUUUGGACCCAAACAAAAAGUUCCUUACAGGAGCUUUAAAAUAUCGAAAAAUGUAUUCCAAAAUUACGGAGUGAAAAUUUGAGUGAUUUUUAAAGCUACUGUGAGAAUUUUUGUUAGAUUGCACUACUGAAGAGUGUGGAGGAUAAGGAAAGCAACGACAGUUUUGUCCACAGAUUUGGACUCAAACGAAAAGUUCCUUACAGGAGCUUUAAUUUUGGCUGCGAUUUGUGGUCCGUCCUUUUCUGCCAAAUAUCACUCCGUCAAAACAAAUUGAAAUACUGUGAAACAAGCCUCCUUUUGAGCUUUUUUAUGACGUUUACAACUAGACUGGCUGAACACAAUGGUAUUUUUUUGCUUAUUUUCUUGAGAUCCAACAAAUUUCUUGGCUUUCUUUCCAAAUCUGAAGGAACAUUCAGAAAAUGCAGCAAUUUGGCAUCAAUUUGUAGUGUUUCCUUUUUCUGCCAAACAUUAUUAAACUGAACCACUUUGGUAAACUAGGAAACAAGUCUCCCUCUCAAAUAUUUCCCAACACUCUAAUCACCCGAACACGCAGCUCCCAAUUACCUCAAAGAAAGCAACACUUGCUUCCUCUUGGGAGCGGCGCUGUAGUAUUAGUUCAGCAAAAAACACUGUUUAUCCAGUAAUAGUGAUGAAAAAGUAGGUCUCUAAAAUAUGUAAGCAUGCGUGGAAUACACAAAACGCCAGCUGAAGCAUACAUUAUGUCAAUUUUUGGCAAUCAAGUUGAAAUAAUCAACCUUCUUUAACACCCUCGCUGGAGAAAAAUAGGCCAGUGUACUUCCAGGGUAAUUUCGUGUCUCGCUCAGCAGCAAUGCCCCAGCAAUCCUGCAAGCCUGAUUUCAGAUGAGAGCCUUCGAUUCAUCUAAUUUAGCUAUCAUUUUCCAGCACAUGUUUCUGUGUGCUGCUUUUUUAUUCCGCCCCCUCUUCCACACUCUUCCAACAGAUCCAUCUGCGCGCUCUCUAGUUAUUCAUGGCGCAGCUGAAGUCAUUAGGAGUGCUGCUGAAAAUGCUGAUUAUGAAUUAGUUACACAUAUACUAAUUGCGUGUGCAUUAGUGGCUCAGCACUCACUAGCUAACAGCGACGUUUAGCUCAAUCGACAAAACAAACUUCUUCCUCCUCCUCGCAUUGGUAACAAGCUAACAAGCCGCUCUCUGUUUUCUCUCUCUCCCUUUGGUUGCAGGUGUUUCUCGCGGUCGGAUCACUUGGCGCUACACAUGAAGAGGCACAUCUGAGGGGUUUGAGAGAGGUCAGCGGGAGUGGAAGAGAGGGGAAGGGGGAGUGGAAGGAGAGGGAGCAUCAUCUGCGGAGAAAUAACACCACGGAUCUAAGAGAGAGAGAGAGUGAGAGGGAGGCUGGGGGAUGGACUCGACCAAACAACAGAUUUCUGGAUUGAGAUUGAGGCGCCGCGCAGGGACGCCGACUGCAAACCGAAGCACAGACAGGCAGAUAGACGCUCUGUCAAUCUGCGCUCGAGCAGUUGGUCCAUGAUUCCACAGCGACACGUCACCACCUCGCAGAUGCCUCCUGACGCGUGGACGACACAGACGCUCCAUCCCGCCUCUUCGUGUGGCGAUGGAUGGCGGCCGACGUGCCUGGAGUUGGCAGCCCUUUCGCUGCGUUCGCCAUUUCAGCAGCUGGACCGCUUCCAAACUGUCAGCCCUGCUUGUGCAGCGGCACUCCAAACAAAAGCACCAGCAAGUGCAACAAGGCCCAAAUGGACCACUUGUGAAGCAGUGUAGCGUGUACCAGAGGGGCAACAGGUGUUUGUAUUCAUGGGUUUCACGAGGCGUCACGCCGCAUUCAUCGCCGAUCUUUAGGACCAACCUGAGACGUCUGCGAGUGCUACUAGCUAUGCUGUGUAUGAUGGAGUAUCAGGGCCAGAGCUCGUAAUUUCUCAUCAAGUCCCAACUCUUCUUCCAAAUUUACGACAUUACUCGGAAAUUUGCAUGCAAACGGAAUGCUCCACCUGCUGUUUACAACACAAACAAGGAUUUUUAAGUUUAUAAAGCUUGAUAAGUGAAACUUAAACGCAAAGUUAAACAUUAGUUGGCUGAUUUUAAUCUUGGGUCAAGCUUUGGAGCUCUGUAUUGUGAAGAGAAACCUAUUAAGAAGAUUGUUGACACGGUAGAUCGAGAUAGGACAACAUAGACAACUUUCCAGCGAAAUUCAGGAGAUGCUGUUUUACACUAGAGUGAAAAUAUCUCAAGUCAUCUUCAAGUCAUGCGAUUGAAACCCAUGAAUAUACACCAACCGCUCCUCUUGGAAAUGCACCUAGAGCAGACCGUCUCCAACAGUAGAAAGAAAGAUGGCUCUCCCCCCUGUUGUCAUCAAAGGGUUGACCAUCGUCUAUUGGACGGGUAAUACUUUCACGAUUUUUCAUCUGACCCCUGUCAAAUCUAUCAGCUGGGCCCAUUUUUAAAUCCCCCUUCUUCGAUCGUAAUGGAGGACUUGUUCGAACAGAGCGUUAGAUUGGAUUUCCAAGUCUUGAGGAUGGGAGUGUGUUGCACUGAUGUACUGUGAAGACUGAUUGAGGUCAUCUGGAGGACUGACUUGCUUUAUGAACAUCAUCCAUUGAGGGUUACGGUGGAUGAGGCUAACUAAUCUACUCUGGGAGAGACUGUCCAUCUUCCAGAACCAAGCGUCCCCAGAGAUGCUCGAUGUCUCCUCAGAGUGUUUCCUCCUCUCCUGGAUCUCCGCGGUUACGAUACGUCGUCAGGAACUGUUGCACAAUUGACUCUUUGCAAGCUUUUUUGUUUUUCUUUUUGUAAAAAUACCCCCUUUUGUCCUGGACUGUGAGACAACUUGGGGACUCACCAAACGUUGGCUUUCACACGCCAUACAAGUGUGGACGGCCACAUGCACAAAUCGAAAGCAGCGAGCCGACUGCGAUAGCACACCCUACGUGAACAAGAUCACUAUGUAUGAUAAAGGCUAUAUCGUUUCUAAGAGAAGAUUCUCCUAUUUGUUCAAAACAGACAUUGAGAGGACCAUUUUGAAGAACACAUUGGAAAUAGAUGCAGCCAAAAAACACAAGUGUCUACUCUGGAUGCCUGAAAUGAUCUCUUUGGCCUUUGAGAGUGACGGGCAACCAGCUAGCCACCGGGUCGAGGAGGGUUUUGUCCCGUUCAAACCAACCAUGCAGAUCUCUUCCAGACUUAAUCUCAGAGAAAAGCAGCAUUCGACACUCUCCUAAUCGGGCCCUAUGCACAUCCAAGAACAUUCCUGCUGACUUCCUGACCAUUCAUAUCUGUCUGAAUGCAGAUUUCCGCCCUGCUGGACUCUGAAGGACUUGAAGGAAGACACAUGAGACAAAUUCAAUCAAUUGGAUGGCUCUCCUCAGAGCAAAUCAAUGUGAAUGUAUCUGUUGUUAGUCUGUACAUGUUGCCAGGCCAAUGAAAACCUUUGAGUGUGGUUGGUAAGAUCAUACCAGACGCCAUUCGUGUUCAUUCAGUCGUCUCCUUUCACAUUAGAAAUGAGUGGUUGGGCUUGGAAUAACUAGCAAGUCACGGCUGGUGGCUUUUGACAUUUAACUGGUCGUUCUGGACCAGCUCGAGGUCAUGAGUGCAGAUUUCCAGUGGGUGGUUGAAAAUGGGUGCAGGGAGGACGGGAUCUGCUCGGUCAGCAGUGAUAACUGCCCUAUCAGCUCAUGAAACCACAAUCGAGUGAAACCCACACACAUGAUACAUGUUCAUACGCUCCUGGAAAACUGGAAUUAACCUUAUCCAUUAAGGCGAACUCAUAAACUCUCACAAAUUUGCUCUUCAUAUCUCACGUAUGCCGUCAGAAAAAGGCUUUUGGAUGACUCAACCCGUGCGCACACGAAUUAAAAAAGGCAGCUCGGACAAAAGAUUGUCAGGAUUCUUGCAAAGUCGCUGGGGAAAAACUGUGUCAAGGUGUUUCUUCUUUAUUUAUUUAACAAGACGUUUUAAUAGUUUGGAGGCAAAGCGAGGCACACAGCAGCCUGCUUUUUUGGCAAGUGAGACACAAAAUUGAUUUCGCUCUGUAUACCAGAGGCGCAUUUCAAUUUCGGGUGUGAAUGCAGCCCAGCUCAAUCAUAUCUAGAUCAUGAUCUGUCUGCAGCGCUGGAAGUAGACGCGGGAACACCCCCUGCAUAAAUUUCACACUCUAACUCACUUUGCUUGAGUUCGCAACAAACGUGGGUCAUUUUACAACAAACAUCAGGAGACAGGAUCACCAUUUCAACUGGUGCAAGUUAGUUUUUCGGCAUACUGGGAAAUCUGACGGUCAGCAGUUAUUGUUUUUUUUUCAUAAAUAUGGACGACAUGACUCCAUCUCCCCCGUGGAAAAAGUAUAAAAUUAAAGGAAAAAGACCAAGACAUCCAAUGGGAUCCACACACCAACCGAUUCCUUCUCGACCUUCAAAACUUACGCAAAACAGCAACCAAUGGGAUGGUUCCGACCUUAGCUAGCUUGUUUAUCGAUUUUGGUGGCGAUUUCUGUUGAUGCUACGAUCGAUAAGCUCUCAAUCUUGAUUAGGCCAAUAAAAAGUGGAUUUUAAGAUACAAUCGUUAUAUUAAGCCUACAUUUAGCGAUUAAGCCCUCUAAUUAUCGGCAUCCACGUACGCUGUUCUAGUCAGGCCCAAAAUCUUAAUAUAUAAAGCUAGCAAGAUCAUCUUCGGAUCCACAAAAAAAUUGGGAAAAACUGGUGAUCGGGAUCCAAAAUAAACUUGGUGCCACCUCACUUUAGCUUUCUCUACGAUGCUAACUUUUACAUAUUGACCGGUUUCCCAUCUGUUAACAUGGAGGCUUUUAGAGCCAUACCACAGCCGGUCAACAGGGGGAGCUCCUUCACUUGUAGGGAGCUGUCAUGUCAUCCACUAUUUAUGAAGCCAUUGGCACGUACACUGUCACUGCUUUUGAAGCUCUUGUGCUCGAUAUCGGCGUCACUGAAAGUCUUAAAACACUGGUGAACAUCUCGUAGUAAAAGAUCCCGUUCUGACGAGAAUGUCAAGAGCAGGUUCGUGGUUAUCCCGCUAAGCCCGACUCUCCAAGCGGGAGCUCAAAUGAAGGACAGCGGUUUAACCCCGGGGUUAAAUUUGUAUCAUCAUCAUCAAUGGCAGCUCUUCUUUGUGUGUUUCAGUAUUUAAAUGGGGCGCUCUCCUGUGGAAGUGAAUGCUUUGCGAAUGUGUGGGAAUGUGUUCAUACUCUGUACCGAUCCCAAACAGCUGCGGAUCUUGGACUGCAAACACUGAAUGUGUUGUUGUUUUUCAUGUUCGUGGAGACUUUGGGAAGCCGAGACAUGUGAAUAAUGAAAUGACAGGCAGUUUCAAAUCUGGACUUGACAUAAACACACACACACCCCUCCUUGCGAGUUUGCCUCCAGGAUAUCAAAUGUGAAUGUGUUUUUUUUUGUUUUUGUUUUUUUUGCGGGAAGGUUGUUUCAUGUCGUCUCGGAGGAUGCGGUUCGGUUCUGUGUCAUCUUAAUGAAUGAUUGUCAAUUCUGCUGUGCCUGUGUGUGUUCUUCGUCUGUUUGUAUUUGCACUCUGAAUUUUUGGAGAGAUCACUUGCAUAUCUGAUGUUUUUUCUGUCCGCUUGUACACUACACUUCACACGGUGACCCCUGGGUGACGGAACACUGAUCACAAAGUCUGUAUAGUAGCUGUUUUUAGCACAAAUGUACACACUUCGACAUACAUGCUACAUCUGUCCACUUACACACAUUACAUACACGCACAUGCUCCUUAACCCUUAGAUGCAUGGGUGAUCGGACCCUACCUAACUGGUUUAAGUAGACCUGAAUGAGAAUUAAUGUGUUUUAUACCAUUUUAAAGAAAAAACGAACUCAAAACAGCGAUUGAAGUUUCACCAGUCCGUAAUUAAAGCUCAUGUCAGGAGUUUUUGCUUCGAACCUAGCUACUGACCACGAGCAAGAAGAAAUGUCAUCUCUUAAGGGUUUGACAAUCUUGUAACUAGCUAUUGUCACAAUUGUUACAAGGCUAGCUAAAGGCACAAAUAAAACGAAAUAUUGGUACUAGUGCAGGUUGUUUAGCUGGCUAGCUAAAACUUAAAAGCUCCAGUGUGGAAGUUUUUGGUGCCCCCUGUAGACAAUGCAGUCAAAGAAAUCUAAUUUUGUUUACUUUUUACAGUGAAAAUUUUUUAUUUAUCGUGAAUAAUAAAGACGAGCUAAAGGAACAAAUAAAACAAAAUAUUGGUAUUGUGCUAACAACAGAAGACGCAUUUGCUAGUGCGCUAGCUAAGGCAACGCCAAAAAGGAUGACUCAGCAUUUUUUUAAAGUAACCUUGCCAGAUUUAAAGUGAAUGUGAAAAUUACGUAAUAUUUAUUUAUUUAUUUUUGUUGAUUUUAUUUAUUUUUAAUCUUUAUUUCAAAAUAAAAGCAUAGCUGCACUGUUUUAUCCUUAAACAUAUUAAAGCUCCUCUGAAGGGGUUUUAUAUGGUUAAUAAAAGACUAAAUUUUAGCAUCUUUAAAAGAGAUCAACAGAGACUGUUCUGCCCACAAGGGGAUGCCAAAAUCAACACGAACUGAAAGUUUCUUACAGGAGCUUUAAUUAUUCUAAUUAAAAUCUCCACACAGCUGUAAUAAAUAUGAUCCUGACCGCAACAGCUAAUUUAAAUCGAAGGUUGUUUAGCUAGCUAGCUAGCUAAAGCUUUAAAGCUCCCGGGUGGAACUUUUUGGCGCCCCCUGUAGACAAUGCAGUCAAAGAAAUUUAAUCACAGUGAAAAUUUUAAUUUAUUGUAAAUAUUACAGACUAGCUAAUGGCAUAAAUAAAACAAAAUAUUGGUAUUGUGCUAAAAACAGAAGACACGUUUGCUAGUGCGCUAGCUGAAGCAAUGCCACAAGGGAUGACUCUGCACUUUUUAAAAAAAAUACCUUGCAAGAUUUGUAGCGAAUGCAAAAUGACGUUAUUUGUAUUUAUUUAUUUUUUCUUAAUUUAUUUAUUUUUGAUUUAUACUUCAAAAUAAAAGCCGAGGUUUUAAAAUGUUAAUAAAAUAGACUGAAAAUUCAAGCAUCUAGAGGAGGACUGUUCUGUCCAUAAGGGGGCGCUAAAAUCGACACAAACUGAAAGUUUUAAUUAUUCAAAUUAAGAUAUCCUAACAUCAUCUUAAACACAGCUGUAAUGAAUAUAAUCCUAACAGCUCCUAACUUUAAAGCUCCAGAGUGUAACUUUUUGGCGCCCCCUGUUGACAAUGCAGACUUAGAAAUCUAAUAUUGUCGACUUUUUACAGUCAAAAGUUUCAUUUAUUGUGAAUAUUUCAUGUAAAAAUUGUAAAAACGGGGCUUCAGCUGCUCAGCUGACACCUACCCUUCGCACCAUGAGGAUGUAAAAAUUGUCAAUCUGGACGCUGAUGGUCUUGUUUGCUUUUAUAGUUCCUUAUAAGGGCAAUCAUAAAAAUUUGAGUGCAUUUUAGUGAUGUCAAAACUUCCUUACAGGAGCUUUAAAUGCGUGAUACUUUUCAUUGACAUAAAAACGGCCUCACUGGGUCAUUUUCUGAUCGUUGUGCAUCUAAGGGUUGAAGACAAAUCCACAUUCAUGCAGAAGCACAUCCUUAAAUCCACACCAACACUUGAAGGUACUCCCAAGUACGCUCACGCACCCUCACUCCGUUCUCCUUGUGUGUUUUUUCACCGUUUUUCAUGCCAUCUUGUGAGAGUCAGAGAUCCAAACUGCAGCUCUCGCUCUCAGUAGAGGAAAAGAGGGUGGGCGGGGGAGGGGAAGGGGGAAACAGGGGAGGAUGUGGAGAAAUAGAGGAGGUAGGGGGGGGGCAGCAUUACUAUGUGUGACACCACCUCUGUUUCCACCAGGUCUGAAUUUCAAAUCAAACGCACCCCCCUUUUUUUUCUACUAGCAUUCCCUCACCGCCGCAAAAAACCACCCACCACCCCAUCCCCCGCCUCCGCCGCCACCACCUCCAUUUUCUCAGAUAUGAUCCCUUUCAACUGUCCGACUUCCCCCUACUCUCUCUCUCUCUCUCUCUCUCCCCCCUCUGUCGUCUUUCUCCUUUUCUUUCGCUGUACAAAGUGUUUCAAAUUUAUCAUUUGUAUAUUAUGACGUAUGGGUACGAUAAUGUUCUUUAUUAUGGAUAAAAAUGAGAAAGAUUUAUUUUUGUUACCGGUUUGUUUCAUAAUUCCUUUUUUAAAUUGGUAUUGUAAUAUCUCUAUGCAAGGAACUGUUCGGUGAAUCGUUUUUAUUUAAGAAUGUAAUUAUGUGUAAUAAAUGGUAGAAGCA